CGGAGGGAGCAUUGAAUCAGUGAGUUGAUCUCGCAGACUGAUUCAAUGAACGUGAGGUCGUUGGUGCUUUCUCUCUGAUGUUUGAAAACGGAAGAUCUUGACUUCGUCCUGCGGAGGAUAAGACGGCAGCAUGGCGGAUGAGAACGAGAAACCUGCUGUUGCUCCUCCGGUGUUUGUGUUUCAGAAAGCUAAAGCACAAAAGAGGUCAGCAGAAGGAUCCAGCACGGAGGAUGGAGAAGACUCUGAUACGGCAGAUGGAAAUUACAGCCCUGCAGCCAAAAGAGGAAGAACGUCUUCGUUUACGCAAUUUCCACCAACUCAUUCCGUUUCUAAGAAUAAUGUUUUCAUGCCAUCCAAUUUCUGCCAGUCACCAAACGAAAACUCUGACUCAGAACCUGAAGAGAAAACUGUGGGGUUUCGCCUGAAACCCCCGACUCUGAUCCAUGGCCAGGCUCCGAGCGCUGGUGUCCCCAGCCCGAAACCCAAAGAAGCCCAGCGCAGCAUCCUGCGACCUCCAGUGCUGCAGCCCCCUCCGACUCGAUCCCCCCCUCAGAACCACACGAGCAACAGCGGUUCAAACGGAGCAAAGAACCUCUCCGACGGAGGAGUCGAAUGUGAACGUCACUCCGAGGCUUCUGCUGCUUGCACUCGUGAUGAUGAUGAUGAUGAUGAUGAUGAUGAUGAUGAUGAUGUGUCGUCGAUAAGGAGCAACAGCACUUUUGGCCACAAAACGGAAGACAAAACUGAAGGCGCCCCGAUUGAGAGCAGUUUUGUGUUUGGGCAGAAUAUGAGGGACAGAGCAAAGGUGGAAAACAGCGGCGUCUCCUCCAAAAGUGGCGAUUCAGAGGAAACAAAUUACUUUUUGCAGUAUAUCACUUCUAGUGCGCAAAAACCUGACAGCAGCAAUGCCAACAGCGUGAAGUUUGUCUUUGGGCAGAACAUGUUGGAUCGCGUCUUGGCAAUGCCAAAACUCAGCACUGAACCUCCAGGGGGCAGCAAAGAGCCUCAGUCAGAGAUGGGCCUGUUCGGCCAGAUUUCCUCCUCGCAUGAUCAAACCGUGGAGAAGAGUGACAACACGAAAGAGUCCCUGGAGGAGUCUGCGGCGCGACACGAAGCACACAAACCACAGAAGUGUUUAUUAGAGCGAGUGGAGGUCAGGACGGGAGAAGAGUCUGAGAGCAAUGUUCUGCAGAUGCAGUGCAAGCUGUUUGUGUUUGAGAUGACGUCUCAGUCGUGGGUGGAGAGAGGAUGUGGAGUGCUCCGGCUCAAUGACAUGGCGUCCGCUGAUGACGGCACCUUACAGUCCAGACUGGUCAUGCGGACUCAGGGAAGUCUUCGAGUGAUCCUCAACACCAAGCUUUGGCCUCAGAUGCAAGUGGAUAAAGCCAGUGAGAAGAGUCUCAGAAUAACAGCCAUGGACACGGAGGAGCAGGGCGUCAAAGUCUUCCUCAUAUCUUCCAGCUCUAAGGACACGGCGCAGCUCUUCGCAGCCCUGCACCAUCGUAUCCUGGCGCUGCGGAGCAUCAGCGGACAGGAGUCUGACGAGCAGCCGGUCAUCCGCUUCAGCGACGACGACGAGUCCCGCACGCCCCCCGCAGCAGCCAGGCCUGCUCCAGGUAAUCCAGAGGCAGGUGCGUGCCCAUCCACAGGUGACGCACAGUGCUGAGCCUGCUGCUGGUAUCUAUCCCACAAUGCCUCACUGCAGCCCUUUGAUCCGCUCAAGUACUAUGCAGGUGUUUUUUUCUCCAAACUCCUUCAGGUGAACUGUAGUCGCGUGUUCAGCCGGUUUUAUUUAUUGCAUUUUAACAGCAAAAAAAAAAGCACAUCUUCAGGCCUGGACACGUAACACCCUUAAUGUCAUCAUAUUGAUGAAAACGAGAGGCUAUUAGUGUUUUAGUAAACCGAUUUUUUCCAUUCUGAACGUGAGAUUGAAUUACUCCAUCCAGUGCACACAGAGUUCACGGAAACCAUCGCAGUUCUGCUCAGUCCGUCGCUUUCUAACUUUAGAUCUCAGAACGACUUCAGAUGAAUCCUGGGAUGCGUAAGCGGCGUUUUAAUUUAGUCCUGGUGCUGUAGAACAGUACAACAUCAAAAGAGACCCGUCCACGCCGCCUCUCUUUUAUCAAUUUUUAUAAACAUUUCAGAAUCGCAAGCUUUCAUACUGCAGCUUUGAGUGGACCUCAUUUAUUAUAUUAUUCAUAUUAUACCGCGUUGGUUUAGUCUCUUUAUUUAAAGGAAAAUUUCGCCU